GAUCGUUUUGCCCUCAAACGGCCACGGUGUUUUCGUAAACUAAUUUGGAGUAACUGGGGAAUAAAUCGUACAAGUUUCUGUUCAUUCUUUCAGGAACCCAGUCAGGCCGGUCAGGCGUCAGUCUCUGAUGAUAAUUCAAAAUUAUUGGAAUCUGUCAAAAACGCUGAUUACAUGGUGAUCAAAGUCCAUCUUCCCGAAUCAUUCCGCGAACGUUAUUAGUCGUUAGUUACUGCCAGUUGAUGUUUCGACGUGAACGUCGGUGACGAAUUUUAAGAGAAAAAGCGCUGAGUCAAUCGACGCAAAUUGUUGGCUAAAAGAUAGUAAUCUCGAGUUUUAUCAACAAAGGAAAGCUAAAGACACACUGAGAUGGCAACUAAGAAUCGUAAAAGCAACACCGCCACUGCCACAUCACCUGGCAAACUCUUCACGCGAGAAGAAGUGGAAAAGAAUGUUAAAGAUACAUGGAUCAUUAUUCAUAAUAAUGUCUACAAUGUCACCUCGUUUCUCAAUGAGCAUCCUGGUGGUGAGGAAGUACUCCUGGAACAAAGCGGACGGGAUGCUACAGAAGCGUUCGAAGAUAUUGGACAUUCAACCGAUGCUAGACAAAUGAUGGAAUCGUAUAAAAUUGGAGAGUUGGUAGAAGAAGAAAGGAUGGAAGAUUCUGGAAAAAAUACCAAAGAUUGGACUCAUGAAAAUGAAGAAAGUUCUAGUUCUUGGUGGUCCUGGUUGAUUCCAAUCGCCCUUGGGGUGCUUGCCACCAUCAUCUAUCGCAACUUUAUCAGUGGAUAUUAAAACAUUCCGAGCCUCUUUUUCAUGUUAUUUACUUGUUACAACUAUAUAUAUAUAUAUGUAUACAUAUGUAUUGAUGAACAAUUGUUGUACGAAUGUACGUCGCGUACUAUUGUUUUCUAUAAACCAAAUAAUGCAUUUUCUGGCCUAGAAUCUCUUUGCAAAAGAGAAGGAGAUAGAUAAUGUGUACUAUAUAAUAAGAUACAAAUAACGCGCAUUUAUAUAUUUAUAUGUAUACAUUUAUACACAUAGUAUAUAUAUGCAUAUGUACAUGUAGCGUUUAUACGCGACAUUCUCUGAAUUGACGA